AACUGAAUCACCAAAAAAGGGCUGCGACGUGAUGGUCAACUCACAAAUUUCCAUACACUCGCAUCCCUACGGCUAGAAGAGGUCGACUGAGGUUUUUGAGCCACAAUCACUCGAGACUUGCUCGUACAAGUGCCACCUUCAAAGAGUCCCUCAGCCCAGCUCUCGGGCAUCAUAUCGCAUCCCGCAAUCUACCAUCACCACCAUGCCGAACUAUACGCUCACACACAAUCCGAGCGUAGCUCCCGAUCAAGCGCAUUCAUCUGCCUCUGCGCCCACCUCAUCAUUGGAAGCAUGCACACCAGCAGAGACUCAGCUCUCGCUGUUGUCUGUAUCGCUGCAAAUACUGGACCAGCCUCUGACUCUGUUGAGAUCGGGUCAGGUGGGAGACAAGGAGAUGACUAAGCCUUCUUCUCUCAUUCCCGGCAGUUCACUAGGACGCCAUCUGAGACAACUUUCGCUCGUGCCGCGCAGCAUGCACGACCACUUUCGACUACUUCUAGACGCACUGCCCUCAUCGAGCACUCGAUCGAGCACGCAGCCUUUGCUUUUGAAUUAUGACGUGCGAUUGAGAUCGCCGCUGGAGGAAUCCGCCUCAACAGCCAUAGCGGAGCUCGAAUCGGCUCAACAGAGGCUGAGAGAGGCUUUUGCAAUGGAAGAACAGCGAGGAGAGGAGAGAAGCGCAGCUUCUUCUUCUUCUUCUUCUUCUUCUGCUGCUGCUGCUGCUGCUGCUGAGCCUCUUGUGCAAAGGAAGAUCAUCUUGAAGGCUACUACACCCAUGAGCGUCGAGUUUGAGAGCACCGUUGGGAGAGAACUGUGGUUUGUCUGUCUUCACGCGAUCCACCACUUGGCUCUGAUGAGGCCCAUCCUGUCGCAGGAGCUUGGCUUGAAGCUGGAUGCAGAAUUUGGCGUAGCUCCCUCUACGCUCGUCAAUAGGGCCUGGAACACGGGCAGAGCUAUCGCGUCCAAGCUUUGACGCGCACAAGAAUCUCAGAACAGUCUUACCUCUCGCCGCAUCGCAACCUCACCUUUCGCUCAAGG